UCGCCGGGUCCGCCGCACUACCGUAAUCCAGGUCCUGCCGCAAAAAUUUUUGGGCAUAAAAUUAGAAAUGAAUGCGAGUUUACUAAGGAUUCAAAGAACCGUGCUUUUGUGUUAGAUCCCAGAACGACGACCGUGGCGCUGUCAAGAGCCAAAGAGGGUGUAGUAAUUAUUCGCAACUACAACGUUUUCAAACGAUCUAGCGUAUGGAAUACCUACGCGAGAAUGUUCCCAGCAAAUAGUAUAGAUUUAGAAGAGUUCUAUUAUUAUUCAGAAGGAUAG